AAUCUAUUGAUUGUUCAUAUAUCUAUUCAGGUCGUCACCGAAAAUGAAGUAUCUAUUGACGCUUACAGUUCUUAUUACUCUUUAUUGUACCAAUGAAGCUGAUGCUAAAAUGAAAUGUAUGGCUUGUAAAUCAAGCUCCUCAAGUAGCGAUUGUCAGAGUGGAAAAGCUACUGGAACAUGUGAAGGAAAAUACUGCUAUCAAUACAUUUAUAUAGAAGUCAUCAAGAAGUUUAUAGGCUAUGAGGAGAAACCCUGGUGGAUCAGAGGUUGCACAAGUGAUGUGGAAUACUGUGAUGAAGGCUCCCAUACAGAUUGUAUGAUUUGCAAUACGAAAAAUAUGUGCAAUACUAAAAAGCUUCGUAAAUCUAUCACAAAGCCGGGAUAUUAGUGAAUUUUCUCAAUAAACUAAGUGUUUUAUUGAAUCAA